UCCGCUGUCUGCCCAUCUGCCCACCACUGCAGUUCGUCCAAGCAUGGUGCUGGUCGCUACUUGGAGGACAUGCCUAGCUCUUUCCUGGCUGCACUUUGCUGCAGGCGGAUUUCCUGAGAGUGUCAGCUCAAGAAGUCGCAGGCUAACUGUGAAUCAGCCUGGGGUCUGUCGCUACGGUUCUAAGCUUGACUGCUGCUACGGAUGGAAAAGGAAUAGCAAAGAACACUGUGAAGCCACCUGUGAACAUGGGUGCAAAUAUGGGGAAUGUGUAAUGGCAAACAAAUGUAAAUGUUUUCCAGGAUUCACAGGGAAAACCUGCAGCCAAGAUAUCAAUGAAUGUGGAUUGAAACCAUAUCCUUGUGAACACAGAUGUAUGAACACACAUGGUAGCUACAAGUGCUAUUGUCUCAAUGGGUACAUGCUCAUGCCGGACGGCACAUGCACAAAUUCCAGGACAUGUGCCAUGGUGAAUUGCCAAUACGGCUGUGAAGAGGUGAAAGAUGAUGUGCAAUGCUUAUGUCCAUCAAGUGGACUUCAAUUAGCACCAAAUGGGAAAACAUGCAUAGAUAUUGAUGAGUGCUCCACUGGCAAAGCUAUUUGCUCUUUCAACCGCAGAUGUGUCAACACAUUUGGAAGUUACUAUUGCAAGUGUCAAAUUGGAUAUGAACUGAAAUAUGUGAAUGGACGAUACGACUGUGUAGAUAUAAAUGAAUGUAUAGCAAAUAUCCCCAAGUGCAAUUUCCAUGCAGAAUGUCUCAAUACUCAGGGGUCCUUCAAGUGCAAAUGUAAACCAGGCUACAGAGGCAAUGGAUUUCAUUGCUCUGUUAUUCAUGAAAAUUCUGUGAAAGAGAUUCCCAGAAUCUCUGGUGCUGCCAAAGAGAAGCUUAAGAAACUGCUUGUGAACAAGAACAGUGUGAAAAAGCAUGAAGACCUAAAAAAUGCAAUCCCUGAGCCUCCUGUGACUCCAGCUUCUAAGGCUCAUGUAAGGCCAUUGGACUAUGAAGAUGGUGAGUACACAGAGGGGGGCUAUGCUGAACAGGAGGAAAGCACUGAAGAUGUCAGAAGAUAUGGAAAAACAGAAGAGAAAGGAGACGUGAAAGAAGAAGGAGAAAGGGAACACCUGGAAAACCAGACUGGUCAUGAAAAAAAACUCAGAGGAGAUGUAUUUUCUAAGGAAGCUGCUGCCUUUGGUCCUCUUCCAGACGAAAGGAAAAUUCCAUUUCCAAAAGGAGACCUGGAAGUGGACUGCAGCUUCGGUCGAGGGUCUUGUGCCUGGCAGCAAGAUGCCAAUGACGACUUCGAGUGGAAUCCUGCAGAUCACGAUAAUGGUGAUGGAUAUUACAUGACAGUACCAGCCUUCAUAGGGCACAAGAAGGAUGUUGGUCGUUUGAAACUUCUUCUCACUGACCUCAAGCCAAAGAGCAUAUAUUGUUUGAUUUUUAGUUACCGACUUGCAGGAGAAAGGGUAGGAAAAUUACGAGUAACCCUAGGCAGCACCGGUAGUAGUCCUUCCUGGGAACAGAAUAUGGGAGAUAAUGAAUGGUGGAGGACUGGACAAAUUGAAGUACGCAUGGCAGAUGAAACAACAAUGAAUGUCACCUUUGAGGCAGAACGUGGGAGAGGUAAAACUGGAGAAAUUGGAGUGGACACUGUUGUACUGUUUUCUAGUCUGUGUCCUGAAGACCACUUGACAUUGGAUAUCUGAGCUUCUUAUUUUAUUUGCUAUAAUAUUCAUUGUUUUACUAAUACAGAAUUUUGUAUCACCCAGCAUGACCUUGAUAAAAUGCAAAGCUAUAAAUUGCAUCUUCAACCUCAGUGCAGCCAGGAAAACGGACAACUCUAAAACAUGUGUUAGGUAACCCA